AUGCACACCCAACAUGGUGAGAGCGCCAACAAUUACACCCACCUUUUACAUUGUCGAGGAGAUGAAGGCAGAUGGUCGCAAUUCGAAUUACUCCAUACCAAUGCUUCAUUUAGUGAGUUUCAAGAAGUUGCAUAUCCACGCCAAAUGAGACGCGCCAGAGAUUAUGAAGUCCUUGAUUGCAAGGGAUUAAUACUUUUUACGACUAGACUUUCAAUUUAUGCAGUGGAGCAUGCUUAUUUGGAGCCCCAACUAAUUCUUUGGAACCCUGCAAUUAGAAUGUCUAUGACUCUCCCUCAAGCUUGCAUUGUGGCACCCAACCGCAGCAAAUACUUUGUUUACGGGUUCGGUUUUGACCAUACAAGUAAUGAUUACAAGGUGCUAAGAAUGGUGUUUGGUUCAUACAUACGGUUGCCACCUCCAGCCCAACUUUAUAGAAUCCGCACAGGCGCUUGGGAGACUUUUAGGAUUGCUGACGAUUUUCAGUAUGAUAUAGCUGAUAGUGAUGGUGAUCCACAAGCUUUAGUGCAUGGGGCAAGCCACUGGAUUGGAUAUCGUUCAAGUUUUAAGGGGUCCGAAUAUCCUGAUGAAUUGGGCAUGGUGAUUGUGUUGUUUGAUAUGUGUGACGAGGAACUCCGAGUAAUGAAGCUUCCGCAUAGAUUAUCUAGUACGAACGCGGAAAUUGUUCGUAUUGGGAUUUCCGGUGGAUUGCUUUGUUUAAUGGAGCACAAGCCACGCAAAAAUGCUUAUUGGAACUGGAACAUUUGGUUGAUGAAGGAAUAUGGCAUAGUAGAGUCUUGGACUAAACAAUUUGCUAUUGAUGUAAAUGGUUCUGACUUGUUCAGUUUUAUGAACAAUGAAAAGAUUUUAGUGGAAAAGCGAGAAAAGCUGGUCUUAUAUGAUCUCAAAACCCGUAGAUUCAAUAAUUUGGGAGGAGUUAAAGAUAAGUUGGGAAGAAUUAAAGCUCAGGGACCUCUUUUUGCCGUGAAUACUUUCGUUGAAAGUCUUGUUUUAUUCAAUGUGCCAGACUUGUUUAAGGAAGAAAAUCAAGACAUGCACGAGAGAAGGCUUAUGUAA